AAAACUCUGUUACUCACUUCGUCUCCAACUUCAAGAGGAAGUUACCACCUCUUCCCCAGACUGUGUGCACACACGCUCAGGCAGACACACGCGCUCUUCAGGACUUGACCACAGCAGCAACAGGGAAUCAACUGAAACAGUUUGGGCUGCUUGUAAUGCUGUGUUGGUUUUUUUUAUUUGGAGGGAAAGAGGGCUGAAAUCUGCAGUUCGCCUGCAGCUUUCUAUGUGGACUGAGCACUUUCAGAGGCACGUUUCUUGUCAUCACAGACCGGCUUGUCUUCAUUAACAGAAGUCCCAGAGUUCCGCGACAGGUGACCAAACCCCAUCUGCUGAUGAAGAUUGCGUGAUAUGGUAGAGAGCUCCAGAGCAAACAACCUGUGAAGCUUUGUCCCAGGCGAACCGCAGAAAGACCGUCCGAUGUGCCAGGAAUUGUUGCGGCUGCACAGAAAUUCGAGCCUGAGGACCAAAGAUCACAGGCCCUGAUCCAACAGCAGGGGAGAGAAAGAGAGAGGAGCGUGAUCACUUCGCAUCCAUUCUCCAAAAUCUCUUUUCACUAUGAGCUGGGACUGAGGACGUGCUCUUAAAGUUUCAUUUUGUGGUGUGAGAAAGCAAAGUCAAGAUCAUCAUGGAUGUGAAGAAGAAAGAAAUGGACCUCCUGAGCAACAGCAUAGCUGCAUAUGCACACAUCAAAGCAAACCCAGAGAGCUUCGGCCUUUACUUUGUGCUCGGGGUGUGUUUCGGCCUGGUGCUGACGCUCUGCCUCCUCGUCAUCCGCAUCUCCUGCAAGCCGCGGACCAACGUCGCGCCCUCCACACCUGAGAAAAAACACUUAAAGGACAUCAGCGAGGAGGACGAGGAGAGCGAGGACGAUGAGGAUGAAGACGGGGAGGAUGUGGAGGCACCCGUCCCAUUGCCCAGCACAGAAAUCCCUGUCGGUAAUCACACCGGCCUGUCAGACGGGACGCUGAGUGUGAACGUAUUUACUUCGGCCGAGGAGCUGGAGCGGGCACAGCGACUGGAGGAGAGGGAGCGUAUCAUACGUGAGAUCUGGAGGAACGGCCAGCCUGAUAUCCUGGGCACGGGAACAGGGACUAUUGGAAGGGUGCAUUACUACUAAGAGGCUUCAAGGAAAGCACUGUGAGACUUGAGAGCGUUAGACACAAUGCAACAUCAUGGCAACAGGACAACAGUGAUGGGACACACUGAUAUGCCAAUACUUGGCUCUGACAGAGCUGAACCACGUGAUAUUGCACUUCCUACGCAGCAAUGUUAUUUUCAACUGACUAUAUGAAAUUACACCAAGAGGUGUCUUAAAGACCGGUUAAUCCAUAUGGAGAAGAUGCAGUAUGAAUGUGGGAGCUGAUGGACACUUGAAGUAAUCAGUCUAUUGAAAUGUAUGGCGCUUAAUGACAGAAAUGCACACAAACACUAGGUUUAUGUAUGUACAGGGUGAAAGAUGAAAACACGUGUAAGGACAUUGUAUGUACUGUAUGUUGCAAUGAAGACUAUCUGUUUGCAGUGCAAUUCUCCUCUAGACUGGUGAGUUGGUGGGGAAAACUCUGCAGCUCUUGAGAAGACACUCAUGAGUACUGUUAAUGAAAAUUAGAUUGUUUAAACAAGCACAUAUCAGUCAAUUUGUGGGGGUGCGGGGUCAGAUUACACGUACAGUAUAAUGUAAUGACAAUUAAAAUUGGUGUCUUUAAUUUAUGAGUGCAUUACAUCCAUGUCUGUGUUUUCAGGGAUACAUCCAUUAAAGGAAAUGACAGAAUUAAAGUAUUACGCUGAAAUAACUUACGACUGUUUCUCUUCAUAAUGCUCAGAUGUCAGAUAAAUAUACAGCACAGCUCAUUGUCUGCGUACCUGUGGGCUAUGGAUUUAUAAUCAAGAUAAAGAGCAAGGGCCUCAACUUACUAAUAACACUAGUGGAAAGGUCAUUCUUUGUCAUUUGUUAUUUCUGCACAAUGUC